AGAAAACGGCAGAGUGGUGAAAUAAAUGGAAAAAUGAGAACAGCAGUGAUGAAAAAGUACGCGAAAAUGGCGAGGCGGACGAAGUCCGGACGAUUUUAACAGUCAAAAGUCUAAAUUAGCAGUGCACGAUCGUCCACAUCGUUGUUCAACAUGUGAGAUUGACCAUCGAAGUGAUUGAUUUCGUGAGAUAGAACCUAAAUCAGAAUCGGUGGUCGAGCGAAACUCGAUGAUAAAGAUGCUUGGAGCGCACCUGUUGGCUAGUAGUUAAAUGAGCUUAAUAACAUGAAAGAAUGAAACGAGAUACCGUUAUUACCUGCCUGGAGCCAAGUCGCAGAGCCCAAACGAUGACAACAGUGCUGGAUGGUAGGUAUCAGCAGCUUGAGACGUAUUCGGAAGGUGAAGAUGAAGCGCGGGAUGGGAACGGGGAAGAAACGCCGCAAGAAUCGGGGGUCAUGAUACACGUCGUCCCCGAAGGCGGCAAGGCGAGAUGGAAUCACAUAGAAGAUCUGGACUCGUUCUUCACUAGAAUGUAUCAUUACCACCAAAAGCAUGGAUUCGCUUGUAUGAUUCUUCAGGAGACUUUAGAACUUGGACAAUUCAUCUUUGUAGUUACGUUUUCAACUUUCCUUUUCCACUGCGUUGACUACUCAAUUUUAUUUAGGGACAACAUUACGAACAAUACAUCGCACAAAACAUCGAUAAACGAUGCGAUACACUCUCCAAGCGAAUGUGCAGCAUCCAUGGGACUGAUAACGUGGCUCUGCAUUCUAGUCGCAGUAAUCUUCUGGAUGUUGCGUGCCGUCAAAGUAUUAUACCACCUGACACAAUUCUGGGACAUAAAGCAGUUUUUCAACACAGCACUGAAGAUCGAAGAUCGCGAAUUGGACAAUCUGACGUGGCACGAAGUCCAGAGGCGUGUUAGGGAUGUUCAAAUCGACCAACAGAUGUGCAUACAUAAACGGGAGCUGUCGGAGCUAGAUAUAUACCAUAGAAUUUUGAGAUUCAAAAAUUACAUGGUAGCCAUGAUCAACAAAUCACUCUUACCCGUCAGACUCAAUUUCCCAAUAAUUGGAGAAGUCAUAUUUAUGACACGGGGCCUAAAAUACAAUAUGGAGCUGUUAUUGUUCUGGGGGCCGUGGUCGCCUUUUGAAAACAAUUGGCACCUCAAAGAAGACUACAAAAAAUUGAACAAAAGACAGGAACUGGCAAGAACAUUAUCCAAGCACAUACUCUGGGUCAGCGUUGUUAAUUUCAUCUUAUGUCCAUUAGUUUUUCUCUGGCAAAUAUUGUAUUCCUUCUUCAACUACGGAGAGAUAAUCAAGAGGGAACCAGGCACUCUCGGAUCUCGAACGUGGUCUCUUUACGGUCGCUUGUACCUUCGCCAUUUCAACGAACUUGACCACGAGCUGAACGCGCGAUUGAACCGUGCCUAUCGUCCGGCGUCGAGGUAUAUGAGCAUAUUCACGUCGCCUGUGAUGACAGUGAUCGCAAAGAACGUUGCCUUCGUUGCCGGGAGCAUACUUGCCGUGUUAUUGAUACUGACGAUCUACGACGAGGACGUACUGACCGUCGAACACGUUUUAACGACAAUGACUAUGCUGGGUGCAAUUGUUGCCGGCGCGAGGGCGUUCAUACCUGACGAAAACCUCGUCUGGUGUCCCGAGCAACUCCUCACCGCAGUUUUGGCUCACACCCAUUACAGACCUGACAGUUGGCGAGGACACGCUCACACUAUGUCAACCAGAGCUCAAGUAGCUCAGCUUUUCCAAUACAGAGCCGUACAUUUGCUGGAAGAACUGUUGUCGCCGCUGUUCACACCGUUUAUUCUCUGUUUUCAAAUGAGACCACGAGCUCUGGACAUCGUUGACUUCUACAGAAACUUUACCAUCGAAGUUACCGGCGUCGGUGACGUCUGCAGCUUUGCUCAAAUGGAUGUUAGGAAGCACGGUAAUCCCAUGUGGCAGACCGCUCCUCAGACCCCUGGCAUCGAGGAGCGUAAUAUCGGAUUUGACAACAAGUACGGAGACCAUCUCAACAAGAUUCACGUUCCCAUGUCCAAUCAGUACACUCAGGCUGAAGACGGGAAGACGGAACUCUCUCUCAUACAUUUCACUCUUACUAAUCCGGAGUGGAGACCUCCUAGUCACGCAGAAACUUUCGUCACUGGGCUUAGGGAAAGGGCCAAGAAAGAUGCCAGCGACAUUCCAAACGACAUCAAUCCGCUCUACAGCAGCUUGAACAGCUUGUCCAGUUUGGGGGCUGGGUACAACAAUUUAGUAUCCAGCAUAAUACACGGCACGUUAUUGAACCAGUGUCAAAACACCGUGUCUGGAGUAAACGCGAGUUUCAUGACCCAGCCGGGAAUGUCAAGUGCCUUCGGAGGUGCCGAGGAUUCGCUGCACGACCCUAGAUCCGAUGCAGCGUCACCUGCUGUUUGUGGCGGCCUGAACAGAGCCGAGGGACCCCUCCACAACGACCGAGGUCUCCUUCACAGUCUUCAUCAAGGACUGUCCAACCAGUCGCUCGGGGCUUCGGUAUUUGGCUCCGGGCGCGAUUUGUCGUCGGAAGUUACUGUUCCAGUGGAACUAACCGCUGCUGAUAUGUCUCUAUCUACACUGUACCUGCACGAACUUCAUCAUAGACAAAUUAAAAGACGAGGCUAUCAAGAAAUGGCAACCCGAAGUAUAUGGCAACGAAGCCCAGUUCAAGAAUUGGCCACUCUUUCGGAAGUGAGACAGGAGAGAGCGCCUCUGCUACGUCACGUUGAUUCUUCCGUGAGAAAUUCAGGCCAGGAUUCUUAGCACAAUAUUUAAUUUCUCUUAUAAUACGCGCGCACGCCUGUGUGUAUAAUAUUUACCACCAUCUCAAUGCAGAUACGUCUAGUGUAUAUGUAGGCCACAUAUACAUAUAUAUAUAUAUAUAUAACUAUAUAUAACGUAUAGAGCCGCGUUGUGUAAUUAAAAACAAACAAAGAAGUGAAAGAAAAUCUUGAGUAUCAUUUUUAAACGAACAAAACGAUAAUGUUUUUACCCACUUAACGAUAUACUGCAUACAGUAUGCAGGUUAUAUUUGCAUUGAGCUGGUAAAAUUGAUUUCACCACAUCACUUGGACACAACGAUGACAAAAUUUUACAGGCUCAAACGCCGCGUAUGUAUGUGAAAACAAUUUUCAAAAAUUUCAGACUUAAGAUUACCUCGUAGAUUAUUUUCUAUACAUAUUGUUCACUUUUGUUUUAUUUUUUAGAAACGUUUGAAGAAAUCGGCAGUCGAAUUUUAAAGCAAGGAAGGAACAGAAAAAAAAACAAAAAAUUACAUUCUUUUAUACACGCGUUUGCUUAUUAUUGCGCUUAUUAUUCUCAAUAUUGAUAUUAUUUGCACAAAGGAUUUAUCCGAUCAUUGUUGGUUGCAAAUAUUAUGCCUACGAAUCGCAGCUGUGACUGGUUGUAAGAUAUUUAUGUAAAACUUAUAAUAACGAUCCGAUUCCAAGCAUUUUUCGACAAUUAUAUCUACAAACUACGUUUUUGCGAUGUGUAAUAUUACUACUGCUAUUACUACUACUACUUUACUGUUACUACUACUACUACUACUACUACUACAACUGCUGCUACUACUACUACUACUACUACUACUGCUGCUGCUGCUACGACUACUAUUACUACUAUUAACGUAUUGCUGUUAAGACCUAAUCUUUCGUAUAUUCCUACAUGCGUUUUGAAAGAGAACACCUAUCUACGUUAGAUGACAUAUUAAUUUUUCUUAAUUUUACAAUGCCACGAUUCUCUAGUCAUGAUAAUAGUUAACGUUAUACGUCACGUAAUGUAAAUGCCGAGCGAUUUCAUGAAUGAGGGUACAAAAAUACGAUCCAGGCCCGCUGGUAAAGGAGCCGAGAGACAGGGAAUCGAGCGGGAGGGUAUCGCGGCUUAUUAUAUAUAUGCUAUGUAUAUAAAACUUGUUCAAAUACUAAUUUAUACCGCGUACAGCAUGCAUGUAAAAAUCAGCAUUGAUAAUUUUUGACAGGAAACUGGAGGGGCAACGUGAAUACGAAUCGUCAUAUUUUAUUGAAAUAAAACGCCAACAAAAAAGUACGUUUUGAGCUAUUUUCACAGAAGCGCUUGCUUUCUAGAAAAAUAUACCCCGUCCGAUGUUUAUUUAAUUUUUAAUUCUGACUUGAGUCACUUUAGACCCGGGAAUUCGUAAGUAGCGGUACGAUUUCUCACAGUUCUACCAUCUGGGAUAGAUGCGAAUGCGGAUAGUAGAAGUAAAUGAAUUCAUGAAACACGUGUGUGUUGGUUUAUGUACACCUUCGAUUUAUCCACUGGUCUGGAAAUACUAGACUAUCCAUACUUCUAUUUAUAUUUUAAGGUUCGACAUACUCUACUUAAAACUUGUUUGUUUUAUUAAAAGAAAAAAACGUCAAAUAAUUUGUACAGACGAUUUUAUUAUGCUACUGGUAUUUUUUUCUUUGCUUCCGCUACAACGAGACUUGAAGACGGCGAAACUUACUUGUCACUAAUUCAAUAUUUAUAAGACGGCAUGAAUACUGUUCCGUUAUUUUAGUCAAAAUAAUACGCUAUUAUCUUGUCGACUUGAUAAGAAAUGUGAUUGUACAAUGUAAAUUAAAACUGUUUAUCGGAAACAGUAACUCUAUCGUCGAUUAUCAUAGUAGGGAUGUUUACAGUAUAUUAAUCGAAGUGAAAGUGAAUAUCGCUUUCAUGGUAAAAACAUACGAAGCUAUUUUCUAACCGAACGAAUUCUCUGUAUAUCUAUACGUAUAGUAUAAUGAUUUUUUGAAAACGACUUAACUGAUGUAGUAUGUAAAGUAGAUAAAAUAAUGCAAUAAGGGUUGUACACAUAUAUUGUAUAAGAUUAUAUUAUGUAUAGAUAAAUAAUACGUUUCGUAAUAA